UUUCGUUUGAGCCGAAGCAUUCCUGGCAGCGCAGCGGUAAGCAGGCGGCCACAGAGCGCUCCUUCAACGGACCCACUAUUACCGAAACAGGAUUUAAGUUCACGAAAACCAGAAAGCGUCGCCAGGAGUGAAAACCUUGACCUCAUCGCCCUGUGGACUUUAACUACUGGCCUUCCCUGCUUCACCUGCAGAGACUGAGGCCAGCGCUGACCACUGAGAGGAGGAGGACGAAGGAGGAGGACGAAGGAGGAGGACGAAGGAGGCCUAGCCACGGCAGCAGUCGACCGCGGCCCCCCUGGACCAGUGGAGCCCCCCCCCCCAGCCAUAGAAGGAAAGCAAUGGUUUUGGGAGCUGGAGGCUAUAGCAGCAUCGAUAGAGUUUGCGUGGGUCGCAUCCUCUUCCCUUCAGCGAGCCCCCCCCCUGCCCCGGGAUGCCCCCCCGCCGCCCGGCCCUGAGCUCCCCCAGGGAGACAUGAGCAGCUACCGAGACCGGGGGGUCACCUGCACCUCCUCGGACCUCCUGCUGGACGGAGGAGGAGGAGGAGGAGGAGGGGGAGGAGGAGGGGGAGGGGGGCUGCCUCUCUCGGGCUCCCAGCAUGCACUGCUCCGCCCCCUGCCCAACGGACACCCGGGGGACCCGACGGGCGGGCCCCGGCUCUCGGUGCCCAAGAUGGGGGUCCGGGCGCGCAUCGCCGAGUGGCCCCCGCGGCGCUCCCAGUCCCGGGAGUCGCUGCUGGAGAACGGCGGCCGCGACCGCCACGCCGCCCCCGGCCGCGCGGCGGACGGGGGGCUGGUGCGGGGGGGCGUGGCCCGGCUGCCGCGGCGACGGGCCAAAGAGGACGAGUACCACGGGGGGGCGUCGGAGCGGGGCUCCAUGUGGAACCUGCGGGCGUUCCCGCCGCUGAGGCAGCGCUCCAACAGCGAGAUGACCCUCAGCGAGCAGGACGAGCUGGAGGUGGAGGGUCACGGCGGGGGCCUGGGCCAGGGCAGCCUGUACCGGGAGUACGGCAGCACCUCCUCCAUCGACGUCCAGGGCCUCUCGGAGCAGAGCUUCCUCGACAUGCUGCACCAGCUGCACCAGGAGCGGCCCCCGCAGCACGGCCCGCCGGGGGGGCCCCCGCGCACGCAGGCCGCCCCGGCGGGGCCCUCGCCCCAGCCCGCCACCGGCGAGGGGCGGGUCCGGAAGAAGAGCGGGGGCACGGAGUCGUCGCUGGGCUCCUCCUCCCUGUUCCGGAAGCUGCGCAGCUCCAGCCGCGGGGAGCUGGACAGGGGGGACCCCGGCGAGGAGGGGCCGGGCCGCGCCCCCAUGGACCCCUCCUACAGGCCCUGGGUGUGCCCCAAGAGCUUCGUGCACUUCGACGCGCAGAGCGUCCUGUUCGACCUCCACGCGGCGGCGGCGCGAGGCCCCGCCUCCCAGCGGAGGAACACGGCCACCGGGGCGUCGGCCUCGCGCGGCUCCACCGCAGAGCCCGCCUUCCCCAGCACGGACGACCUGACGCUGGGCCUGGGCCCCGCCGGGCCGGGGUCCCCGGAGCCCGCCGCCCCCCCCCACGGGGGCCCCGGGCCCCAGCUGCUGCUCUGCUGCCCCCACUUCCUGAACGAGACGGGGGGCCACGGCGAGCGCAACGUCAGCUUCCUGAGCUCGGGCGGGGAGGGGGGCGAGGGAGGCCGGGGCUGGCUGCGGCGCUCCAACGCCAGCGUGGCGGUGCUGGAGGUCCCCAUCGAGCAGAGGGUCACCCGCCUGGACCAGCUGAAGCUCUACAGCCUGGAGCACGUGGACCUGGGGGCCAAGUACUACCGGGACUACUUCCACGGCAAAGAACAUUCCAACUACUUCGGGACGGACGACAAGCUGGGCCCCGUGGCCCUCAGCAUCAGGAGGGAGAAGCUGGACGACACCAAGGACCUGAAGGACCAGUACCAGUACCGGCUCAUCGUCAGGACCAGUGAGCUGGUGACGCUGCGCGGGUCCAUCCUGGAGGACGCGGUGGCGUCCACGGCGCGGCAUGGCGCGGUGCGCGGCCUGCCCCUGAAGGAGGUCCUGGAGCAGGUGGUCCCGGAGCUCAGCGCCUCCUGCCUCCGGCUGGCGCUCAGCACGCCCAAGGUCACCGAGCAGCUGCUGAAGCUGGACGAGCAGGGGCUGAGUCAGAAGCACAAGGUGGGCGUCCUGUUGUGCCGCGCGGGCCAGAGCACGGAGGAGGAGAUGUACAACAACGAGGAGGCGUCGCCCGCCUUCUCCUCCUUCCUGGAGCUGCUGGGGCAGCAGGUCCUCCUCAAGGGCUUCUCCAAGUACGCUGCCCAGCUGGACACCAAGACGGACUCCACCGGGACCCACUCCCUGUACACAGAAUACCAGGACUAUGAGAUCAUGUUCCACGUCUCCACCAUGCUGCCCUACAUGCCCAACAACCCCCAGCAGCUCCUGAGGAAGAGGCACAUCGGGAACGACAUCGUGACCAUCGUCUUCCAGGAGCCGGGGGCGCUGCCCUUCACUCCCCAGAACAUCCUCUCCCACUUCCAGCACGUCUUCGUCAUCGUCCGCGUGCACAACCCCUGCUCCGAGAACACCUUCUACAGCGUUGCCGUGACGAGGAUGAAGGACGUGCCCCCCUUCGGCCCGCCCAUCCCCAGCGGCGUGGCGUUCCGCGACCCCGACGCCUUCCGCAGCUUCCUGCUGGCCAAGGUGCUGAACGCAGAGACGGCGGCGCACAAGUCGGACAAGUUCCACACCAUGGCGACGCGCACGCGGCAGGAGUACCUCCGCGACCUGGCCGAGAACUGCGUCAGCGGCACGCCCAUGGACUCGGCCGGGAAGCUCAACAACCUCAUCUCGCUGGCGUCCAAGAAGCGGGAGCGGGCGCGGGCGCGGGAGGGGGCGGAGCUGGGCGCGGCGGGGGCGGUGGCCUGGCGCGUGCUGGCCCAGGACUUCAGCGGCGGCGGGGCGGAGAUGGCGUGCGCGCUGGGCCUGUCGGAGGAGUACGUGCUGCUGGUGGACCAGGCCACCAAGGAGGUGGUGUUCAACUGCUUCUGCUCCGACGUCAUCGGCUGGACGGCGGAGCGGCUGGCGCUGAAGGUCUUCUACGGCCGCGGGGACUACAUCGCCGUGCGCGUGGCCGAGGGCGGCGCCCAGGACAUCAGGGAGGUGGUGCAGAGGUUAAAGCCUCUGACGGUGGGCUGUGAGACAGUGGACAUGACCCUGAGGAGGAACGGCCUGGGCCAGCUGGGCUUCCACGUCCGUCUGGACGGCACCGUGGCUGAGGUGGAGGAGUACGGCUUCGCCUGGCAGGCGGGGCUGAGGCAGGGCAGCCGAUUGGUGGAGAUCUGCAAGGUUGCCGCGGUGACGCUGACCCACGAGCAGAUGAUCGACCUGCUGAGGACCUCGGUCACCGUCAAGGUGGUCAUCAUCCCCCCAUACGAGGAGGGGGGCCCGCGCAGGGGCUGUACGGAGGAGUAUGAGAUGAAGACCAUGGAGCAGAAGCCGGAGCCUGAGCCCGUGGCGGUGGGCUACCGGCCCUCCCCGCGGCCCCCCGGGUGUCGCUGGGACAGCCCCCCCCUCCACGGCACCCCCCCUCACCCCCAGCGCUGGGCCCACAUGGGUCCGCCGGCCCCCCCCCUGCCCCGCGCCCACAAGACGCUGGUGGCCGUCCCCUACAGAGAGACGCAUCACGGCAGCGCCAAGAGGCCGGUGAGCUACCCGGAGAACCAGUACACGGUGUCCCCAGCAGGGGGCGAGCGGCCGCUGCCCUACAGGAACCCCUCAGCCAGCUUCUCCUCCCCCUCCCCCGGGCUGCUGGGCCCCCACGGCGCCCCCGGCCUCGGCCCCUUCCUACGCUACAAGCCCUCCCCCGACAGGUUCGUCCCGGGACAGCGCCCCCUGGUGGGCUACGAGCCCCCCAUGGCGCUGGACGUGACCUCCAGCGGAGAGUCAUCGUCUGGCUUCACCAGCCAGGAGAGCACGAUGGAGCGCUGCAAACCAGAGCCUAUCUGGCAUGUCCCAGUGCCGUCUCGAGGGAUGGGUGCAGGGGGGGGGCAGCGAAGGCCCCCCAGGCAUGACGUCCCGGGGAAGGACUCUCCCAACAGGCACUCAAAGGGCGAGGCUCAGUACUCCAGCCACUCCAGCAGCAACACGCUGUCCAGCAACGCGUCCAGCGGCCACAGCGACGAGCGCUGGUUCGACGGCGCCCCCCGGGGGGGGGAGGUCAUGGGCAACGGGGGCGGGGGCCCGGGCGACGCCCCCGACCCCGCCGACCCCGACCCCUUCAACAAGGGCGGCUCCAGCGACAGCGGCAUCGACGCCCCGCCCCACUUCACCCACCACGCCCGCCCCCCCCCUGCCGGCCCCUCCCACAAGCCCCUCACCCUGGGGGUGCUGGGCCCGGGGCUCCUGGGGCCGGUGCUCACGGUCCAGGGGUACCUGGGUCAGGGGUCGCUGGGCGGGCCCCAGGACCCCCCCUCCGUGGUGAGGAGCGGGGGGGGCAGCGCCGGCAGCGGCGAGGGCCGGAGGCGGGAAUCUUCACCGGCCAAUCAGAACAAAGGAUACCGGACCAGGACGUUCCCGCCGCCCGGCUCCAGCGCGGACAAGGCGGACCCGUUCCACCGGAGGGGCUGCUACACCCCCCAGGGGUACCAGACACCCUCCUCCGACCAGGGCCGUCCCGCCAGAGCCUCCGCGGCCACGCCCACCCUGGCCCUGCUGAACUCCGCCCCCCUCUCCAGCUCCGCCCCCAAAAGCUUCUACGGGAAGAGCAGGACGUCGGCGUGGCAACCGGAGGACAACGGCCUCUCCGGCCUGGUCAUCCCCACGACCUCCAGCUCUGACAACGGCAGCAAGAAGCAGGUGGAGCUGAACUCCAAGAACGUGUUCGGCCAGCCGCGUCUGCGGGCGUCGCUGAGGGACCUGCGCUCCCCGCGGAGGACCUACAAGAGCACCGUGGAGGACGACCUGAAGAAGCUCAUCAUCAUGGACUACCCGGUCGACGCCCCCCCGAGAGACACCUCCCCCAGGCGCCCCCUCCAGAGGACCUUCUCAGACGAGUCGCUGUGCAGCGGGCGCCGUGACGCCAGCUACGCGGCGGCGGAGAGCGUGGGCGCCCCCGCCGACGUCCUCUUCACCUGCACCCUGCCCACCCGCAAGCCCCACGGGCCCCCCCCCGGGGGCCAGGGGGCCAAGAAAGCGGCCCUCUCCUCCUCGGAGCUCUCCCUGGUGGAGGGGCGGGACCAGGUGCCCCCCCUGCGGCGGCUGGACCCGGGGCUGAUGCCGCUCCCGGACACCAGCGGGGGGGGGCUGGAGUGGACCAGCCUGGUCAGCGCCGCCCGCGCCUACGAAGGUGAGGGGGAGGUUCAGAGGGCAGUGUCUCUCUUCUCGCUGACGGAGCCUCCGGUCGGAGGUCAGGACCUGCGUCCGUCCGUCAGUCCGGUCCAGUUCCAGACGCCGCAGACGCCGCGGACCACGCCCACCUUCAGCGGCGACGAGGUGAACCACGACCUGCCGGGACGCCUGCACCACCUGGAGGUGAAGCUGAAGCAGCUCAACACCGACCUGGAGAAGGAGAAGAAGGACAAGGUGGUGCUGAUGGCGGAGAUGGCAGACCUCCGUCAGAACAACCAGCGGCUGCAGGAGGAGAGCUCCUCCGCCAGCGAGCAGCUCCGCAAGUUCAGCAUGCUGUUCGCCAGCCCGCAGCCCGACAGGAUGUGACCUCACACACCAGGACGCCGGCGAUGUCGGAGGAGAGGAUUUUGGAAGACGCUGAAGGAGACUGGUUUAAAGAUGGAGUCCCACUAGAUAUGAGGACUGGUUUAAAGAUGGAGUCCCUCUAGACAUGAGGACUGGUUUAAAGAUGGAGUCCCACUAGAUAUGAGGACUGGUUUAAAGAUGGAGUCCCACUAGAUAUGAGGACUGGUUUAAAGAUGGAGUCCCACUAGAUAUGAGGACUGGUUUAAAGAUGGAGUCCCUCUAGAAAUGAGGACUGGUUUAAAGCUGGAGUCCCUCCAGACAUGAGGACUGGUUUAAAGAUGGAGUCCCUCCAGACAUGAGGACUGGUUUUAAGCUGCAGUAAUGCGCUGUUCAACACGUUGACUCUCCUGCUAGAUUCCUCCCUCCACUUUAAACUGGACCGCCUUAAACAGGAGAGAACUACGAAGAACUUUUAAAAGGGAGGACAAAAAUAUAUAAAUAUUUUGUAAAUGUGAGCCCAACACUUUAAACACGCCUAUUGUGCCCCCCCCCUCUCCACACACACACACACACGCACACGCACACGCACGCGCACACACACACGCACACCCUCUCUCCGCGCUCCACCAAAAUGGUCUUCAAUAUGUCUCUCCAGGCUGUCCUCUGGCUGUACCUGUUUAUUUUUCUAUACUGUAAUGCUUACUGUACAUCUAUAUAUCUAUACGCUCAGAGCCCAGGGACGUAGGAGUAGGGGAACACUCAUUAUCUGAGGAAGGCCUAAUACUGUUCUGAUGCAAGUCAGCUGGGGUGUGUGUGUGUGUGUGCGCGUGUGUGAGAGAGAGAUGCAUACUGGUGACACACAAGCCAUCAGCUUGUGUAGCGAGCGGGAAACGAAUUGAUGUCAUGAGCUCAGUGAUGCCGGAUCUGGUGGAUUUCCACAGUUAAUCUUAAUCUCGAUUCUCCAGAUGUUGUUUCUCUUCUCUGUUUUACGUCCUGUCGUCCGAUUUCGGAGGGUCUUUGGAACCGGACUUUAUGACAAGGGACAAUUGUUUUCUAUAAUCAAAAAGAACCAAUGAAAAUGAACAAAUAUGAGAGUACAUGGUGUUGUACAAACUGAAGUUCUGCGUGGUCUUCAGUUAGAGACCGUAGCUUCAGUGUCUUCGUGUACAUAUCCGUUGAGUGGCUGAUGAGAAAAUGAAGUGCGACUGAGUGUUUUCUAAGUCCUAAACCUAAACGAUCAUAAAAUACGCUAUUUAUACUGCUAGCCCGUUUGACAAUACCCUACUUAUAUAUAAUAUUUUAUUUUUAAUACAGAAAUGUAUUUUGUGUUUAAUCAAAAAAAACUGGUACUGAAUGAAAAGCUUUCCAGAAAUCUCAGCUGGGGUGCGUUUUACUCUCACUUGUACUGUUCAUGUCUACACCCCCGUGGACGAUUCACCCUGUCACAACCCCACCGGAUCAAACUGGAGCUCCGCCCCCAACCCUCUCAGGACGACGCCCACCCAACUCAUAGAUGGCAACGCACCAAUCCACGUUCUCUCUGAUCCUGGGAAGGACAGAGAAGACUCGGUGGACACGAGACUUUUCCCCUCUCCACCUUUUUGGAAGACUUGAUAUUUAUACGCGUGGAAUCACUGUGUUCGAGUCCCCUGGUCCGCCGAUCCUACCCGUCUCUGGGGCUCCGAGCGAGGCUUCCGACAGGACAGGCUCACAAACCCUCGGAGGUGGUGAGAGUUUGGCCCACCGGGAUUCAGGCUUCGGUCAAUUUCGACAGAUUGAUUCAUUACAAAACACUGUUGUUCUUAUUCGAAGAGGAGGAUUGGGUCCGAGAAGGUGAUUUCCUGCAGGAUGGGUUCUGGUUCAGAAGGGUUUUUUACAAGAGUUGAUAUUCUUUGGUUUUGGGGAUUGCAGAUUGAGCGAGAUGUUAAGUCAAGUGUCAACACGCAUCCUUUUAAAAACUUCUACAUUCUUACUGUUUCUUGGACGGGGAACGACAUUGAACCAAGCAGCUUAAUAGGUGUUGAUUUGUUUUUUAUAAAUGUCUUAAUCGUUAGUUUUCUUUGCAUGUGGUGGGGCAAUGCUUUUUUUUGGUUUUUGUAUACAAAUCGAUGGAUGCUAAUGAUUACCUGAGCGUGGAGCAUAGCGCAGUGCAGCCGUAUUGCACAGAUCACAGUAAUGCAUCAAGACAAGCUUCUUUUUUAGAUGUUUAAUAUUUUGAUAAUUUAUUUUUAAAGACAUUGGCCACUUUUGGAUCUGAUAACAAAAUAGUGAAGAUGAGAGGGUACUGUGUGUCGAUUCCAUUGUAUGCUCUGUGACGUCUGGCCGAGGUUAAAACGUGUUAGAUUGAACUUUGUUUUGCUUGGGGUUGUAUCAAUGAGUGUACAUUUAAAGUGUAAAUUAUGUUUUCAUUAUUUUAUAAGAAAAUAUAUUUAAAAAAGCAUUUCUCUGGUGUUUCAUUUCCUCAUCGUAGUGAACGACAAGAGGGUGGGUGUACCGUAAAAUAUCAGAUCAAGAAUUAAAAGUUCGCUUCAAGGUUCCCUUAAUGCGCAAGUAUUAAAUUGAGCUCACCGAUUAAAAAAAAUAAAUAAUCUUGGUUAUCUAACAAUGAGUUUCUCUUGCCUACCUAUGCGUCCCUAGUAGCUAGAAAUUGAGAGGUGUAACGAGCACUAGCUAUCCUGCACUGCCUUUGAAAAUACAAAGCUCAGACGCGCCGAUCUGGAAUUUUCAUGCCACCCCCUUUCUGCUUUGCCCGCCAGUAGAGCACCCGGGGGGUUAGAGAAUAUUUACAGAACACGGCCAAAAGCUCUGUGCGCCUCGCCAUUACGAUACAUCCUCUUUAAGCACAAGCGCAUAGUGAUGGCUUUGUAACGAUGAGCAGCAGAUAGUCACGUUUCCGGCCUUACCAGCGGCUAAACCCCCUGGGCCCAGCUGGUGAAGACUGGUUCUGAUGACGUCAUCUGCCCGUCUGUUUAACAGGACCUGCAGUCUUUACAUGUUCACGUAGACACCACGUGGAGAAGGUGCGUGUUUAGGUAGUAGCCGCUUGCUGUAGUAGAACUGAGCGGUUGAAGUUCAUUCCUCUGCUGCUUUCAUUCUUCCCAAAUAACUUCAGAACCAAUUGCUGCAUUUUACAGUUUUAUUAUAGAGCAAUAACAAACAGAAUCAGAUGAAUAUUUUUUUUCAAAGAUUUCUCAAACUAGUAUUUCGAACGUUAAAAAAAGUG